AUGGCGAUUUAUAUGAUAGCAGGAGGGGCGGCUGCUGCCGGUGAUAACGGUUGUUCGGGGAACCCUGGGAGGGAGAGAGUGCCUGUUCUUAAGUUUUUGGUACAGCAUGUUUGUGUAAAGAUCUGUAGAGGCCCGCGGACCACAAAGGAAGGGGAUAAGAAAAGGAAACUUGGCCUGAUUUCUCCUGGGCGGGCAGUGCUUGGAGUUGGCAGGGGCAGAGGAGGGGCUGAGGUUUGCCUAAAAGCUGGAAUCAGUGGCCCUGCCAACCCUAGAGCCAAGGCUAAGAUCCAGGCCAAGUCUGGGGAUGGAGCAGUGGCCAGGACACAGACAGUGACCUACACUGAGGCCGUGGCUGACAGGGAUGUGAGCAAGAUGGAAGCUAUGGCUAAGACUAGAGUCAUGACUGAGACUAAGGCAAAAUCCCUGGCAGAACCUGGUAUAGUGCCCCAAAUCAAGUCAAAGCUGAUGCCUAUGGCCAGGGUCAGUGCUGUGACCAAGUACGAAGUCAAGGCUGGUGCUGGAAGUGAAACCAAUAUCAGGUCCUUUGCCAAGGCUCAUGAUAAGGUCAAUAUUGAGUCCAGGUCCCAGAGAAGGAGAGAGGACAGCAUCAAAUUCAGGGCUGGGGCUGGGGACAGAGCUGGUAUUGUAAUCGAGUCCAGUGAUGAGGAUGAAGAAAAUGUCUGCUCCUGGUUCUGGACAGGAGAAGAGCCUAGUGUAGGAUCCUGGUUCUGGCCUGAAGAGGAGACUCCUUCUCAAGUUUAUAAGCCUCUACCUAAGAUCCAGGAAAAGCCCAAGCCCAUACCCAAACCUGAACUCACUAUAAAACAAAAAGCAGCAGCAUGGUCAAGGGCCAGGUAUAGUGUCCUAGUCCCAAUAGAGGGAGGGAAGCCAUCCUUGCCUCCAGAAGGGAAUUGGACUCUCGUUGAGACCUUGAUUGAAACUCCUCUGGGGAUUCGGCCUCUGACCAAGAUCCCACCCUAUAAUGGACCUUACUUCCAAACCUUAGCUGAGAUCAAAAGCCAGGUUAGGUAUAGAGAAAAGUAUGGGCCCAAUCCAAGAGCCUGCCGCUGUAAAUCACGUGACUUUAGUUUAGAGCCUAAAGAGUUCGAUAAACUCGUUGCCCUACUUAAGUUAACUAAGGAUCCUUUUAUUCAUGAAAUAGCAACAAUGAUAAUGGGCAUUAGUCCUGCUUAUCCAUUUACCCAAGAUAUAAUUCAUGAUGUAGGUAUUACUGUUAUGAUUGAAAACUUGGUCAAUAAUCCCAAUGUUAUAGAACACCCUAGAGCUUUAAAUAUAGUAGAUGACAACUCUGAGUCUUCUGAAGAACCAAAACCAGGAGAGUCAUAUGUAUAUCAAGUUUGUAAGGACAUAUUCUCUUAUCCCUUGAACUCCCCUGUGCAACUGGCUGGACUAAAAUUAUUAGUGCACCUGAGCGUGAAAUUUGAGGAUCACCAUAUAAUUAUUAAUUACAUUCCAGAUUUCCUCACCUUGUUAAGCAAAGGAAGUGUCAAAACCAAGUUUUAUGUUUUAAAAGUGUUUUUGCGCUUGUCUAAAAAUCAAGCCAAUACAAGAGAACUGAUUAGUGCCAAAGUACUGUCAUCAUUGGUUGCACCCUUUAACAAGAAUGAGUCAAAGGCUAAUAUUCUUAAUAUCAUUGAAAUAUUUGAGAAUAUAAAUUUCCAAUUCAAAAAGAAGGUGAAGCUAUUUACCAAAGAAGAGUUCACUAAAUCUGAGCUUAUUUCCAUAUUCCAGGAAGCAAAAGAGUUUGGUCAGAAACUCCAAGACUUAGUAGAGCACAGUGAUCCUGAGGUGAGAGAUAAAGUUAUACGAUUAAUACUUAAACUCUAAAGAGCUGUAUGUUUUCACAGAGCCAUGAACAUUUUUUUUGUGUUAUAAUAUGAAGCUAUGCAUAUAAUAAUUGUAAGUUCAAUAUUUGUUAUUUGUGUUGGCUGAUGGAGGCAACUUUAUGCAUACCAAAUGAUCUUGAGAGCUUGAAUGUUUGUUGAUUUUUACUGUGCUAUUUAAAUUGAGAUAUUUUUAAUCUUUCUGCAACGUGACCUGAUAAUGAACCUAUUCAUGCUGAGCAAGCUAUAUUUCUGUGCUUUAUAUUGACAUAGUGUAUUCGUUUGAGGCUUCAUUUACAUGUUAAUAAAGUUGCAUGCUAAAACUGGUGAAA